AUGAUUCUUAUAUUUUUGCUGCCCUUGUUUCAGGCAGAAAUUAUUUGCGAAUACGAUGAGCCAUGUCUCAGGGCUUGCACUGACUCCGUUUGCGAGUAUUUUUGGAACAUCGAGCACCGAUAUAGUCAGACUUGGCGGACGAGCGACUUCGGCGAAAAAAGGAGCUACCCGAAAGGAGCGAUGAGGGAUUUUCCGCUUUCAUGGAAUUCGACGAAAAAAAAUUUCGACAUUUUCCAAGAAGGCAUUAAUGUAGGUAUCAACGACGUCAUCGACGAGAAUGGACGCGCCAAAAACCCUCUUGACGAGCUUGAAAAGCUCUUACUCUUAGACGGCCAGCAAAUGCGCAAAGUGAUCACCAUCAACGGGCAAGUUCCCGGGCCGAACAUCGUCGUCAACAAAGGGGCACUUGUCAAGAUCACUGUGAAAAGCACCUUGCAUGAAGAGUCAUUUUCUCUUCACUGGCACGGUUUGCAUCAAUACGACAACUAUUGGAACGAUGGCGCCGCAAUGUUUUCACAAUGCCCUGUCGACGCUUUCAACUCGUUCACAUAUGUGAUGAAAGCGGAAAAUGCGGGAACACAUUGAGUAACCGCCGCAGAAAAUCUGCUGAAUAUUGUGCGCAGAUGGCAGUGGACGUACCAUGCGAUUCACCUUCAUGGUUACGAAUUUGUCGUCACUGAUAUCGGCUUCGGACGGGCGAAUCAGACGACUGGAUUCAUCGAAGGUCUUCAUCCGGCAAUUUCUUGCAAGGACGAUCAAAUAAAGUGCAAUCGCGCUGAAUUCGACGAGGAAAUCUUCACUUCGCAGCGCUCAAAUCGCGACGACCACAUUCUCAAAAACACUGUCUUGGUUCCUUAG